AAGUGUCAGCUGACGUGAGUUACGCAUCAUUAUAUGGUGCAUUAUAUAUAGAGAUCUGUGAAAUUAAACAUAAGUUUGAUAGUGAAGAUAAAAGAUAUUCAGCAUGAGCUUCAAGUCAGCGCAUCGCGGCCACAAGAAGAUAGGCUGGCUAAGACACGUCCUAACGGGACUAUCCGCCCUCACUUUCAUCGCGGGGGCGCUGCUGCUGGGGUACAUGGGGUGGGUGCUGGCCACGUCGGUGUCGUUGACACGCUUCCUCUCCGGCACUCUGGUGUUCACCUACAGCGCGGUGGGUGUAGGCUUCCUCUUCUUCCUCACGGGGCUCGUGGGGUGGAUCGCUGGGGCGUCCGAGCUGCGGUGUGUCCUCAAGAGCUACUUCGUGUCGCUGGCUGUGGCUAUCCUCGUCGAAGUCGCCGGCAUCGUCGCACUGAACAUCCUCGGCACCAAGAUGGAAGACAUCCUCGUGAACGGCUGGGCUGAGGUGAACCAAGGUACCAGGAACAUCGUACAGGGCACCUUGAAUUGCUGCGGCUUCUACGGACCACGCGAGUUCGCGUACACGAGUUACCCCAUCGACGACUCGUGCUACGAGAGCGUCGAGGGUGAUGACAUCAGCGUGGCGCCCCUCACUCUCAAGCAGUCAGGGUGCGGGCCACUACUGCAGCAGUGGUUCACGACCAACAGAGCGGUGUGGUGCUCACUGCUGGCAGGCCUAGGAGGACUACAGCUCAUGAGCGCUAUAUUAUGUCUCCACAUCAUCAACAAACUGAAGGAUAAAACACGUACACCUUCACUCAAGACCUUCAAUGACCCGUACCCACUCAAUUAUGCCUAUUCAUUAUGAGGCUUAAAGUCUUAAAAUUGUAUUUAAAAAGUCUUGAAGUUUUUUCCAAUUUUCAUUUUCACG